GCCGCCGCCUCCAUCCACGCCCGCCGCCGCCUCCCUGCCCUCCGCUGGGCCGCCAAGAUCUGCGCCCUGCUGUCUCCGGCCCCUGCAGGGCUGCUCCGGUCCGCCCUGCAAUCGAGCUCCCUCUUCCCUGUAAUUGCUGCUAUCUGUAGCUUGGUCUGGACAGAUGCAGUACUAGUUCAAACAAAUAGGCACAGGCUCGCAACAAGUUUAAUUGCUUCGAUAGAUGCAUAGCAGUAGUUCUUGGUUAAUUACUGCUCUUGGUAAAAUCAAAUGGAUAGUACUAGUUUCCUGGGCAGUAUACAAAAUUGAAGAUUUAUGUUUAACGGUACAAUAAUCCAUUAUUCUACGCAUCACUAAUGUUUCCAUAAUAGAUCGAGCUAUCGUAUGAAUUUCAUAUUAUUGUAAUGCAAUUUCUAUUUAACAAAUUCAAAAUACAUUAGAAUUGUUAUCUUUUCUCGUAUUAAAAAAAGCUAUUAUCAAUCUUAGAGGUAUUCAGGUUAUUCAAAAUAAUCAGCAUUUGCGAGACACCCGGCUACAUUGUAUUCUAGCCUGCUACCCAGGUAAGCCAGAAAAAGAAAAGAAAGAGAAUAGGGCCAGAGCCGACAAGAUUCUCCUCCCACCGGAGCACCGCACGGGGCACGGCGAGCGCCGCCUACUACCCUCUCUCCGGCGAUGGAGGAGGUGGGAGUGGACGUGCCUCUCCCGACGGAGAAGCUAUCCAUUGAACCAAGCAGGGACGGAGGAACCCGAGGUGGCGUCGUGCUCGUGGCCACCGGGAGCUUCAAUCCUCCCACCUACAUGCACCUGCGCAUGUUUGAGCUGGCAAAGGAUGAGCUUCAGCAGCGAGGGUAUUGUGUGUUGGGUGGCUACAUGUCUCCGGUGAAUGAUGCGUAUAAGAAGAAGGACCUCUUACCGGCUGCUCACCGGAUUCGCUUUUGUGAACUUGCAUGCAAAAGCUCAUCUUUCGUGAUGGUUGAUCCAUGGGAGGCAAUGCAGAAAGGUUAUCAGCGCACUUUGACUGUCCUUUCGAGAAUUCGAAACUCUUUGUGCAAGGAUGGCUUAGCUGAUCAAGGCAGCCUGAAGGUAAUGCUUUUAUGUGGUUCUGACUUGCUUGAGUCAUUCAGCACUCCAGGAGUUUGGAUCCCAGAUCAGGUCAGAACCAUAUGCAAGAACUUCGGUGUAAUAUGUAUACGCAGAGAAGGAAAAGAUGUUGGCAAAUUGAUAGCCGGCAGUGAUAUACUGCAAGAGUGCAGGGAUAACAUCAUUUCGGUCGAUGAGAUUGUGCCAAAUCAGAUCAGUUCAUCCAGAGUAAGGGACUGCAUAAAAAGAUGCCUAUCGAUAAAAUAUCUUACUUGUGAUGAAGUGAUUGAAUACAUUAGAGAACAUAGUCUGUUUAUGGAAGCUGAAGGAGGUGACACAAGAUUGUGAAAUAUCAGUGUUUGGAGAGGUGUGCCAUUGACACCAGGGAUUUGUAACUGUAAGAAGUAUGGAAAUUCACAGUUGGGGAACUGAGCAGGACCAAUUCUAUCUUGAGAAAACACGAUGAGAUCUUAAAAACAUAUUAGCCAGCAAACUCACA